AUGGCGGGUGGUGCUACUGAUCCCCCUGGUGGAAGUGAAAAGGAUGAUCAAAUUAAUUUUGAUGAUCCUCUCUACAUUCACCCUUCUGAUAAUGUUGUUACCUCUAUUAUUACAACAAAGUUAACUGAUGAUUCUAAGAAAACUAAAUGGGAUAGGGCUAAUGCUGUUGUGUGUUCUUGGCUGUUAUCUUCUAUUUCUGACUCCAUUUAUCAGAGUCAAGCUUAUUAUGAAGUUGCACAAGACAUUUGGGAAAAUCUUUUUGAAACUUACAAUAAAUCUGAUAGGUCUGUUGUUUUUAACAUUCAUCAGCAGAUUAAUUCUUUUAAACAAAAUGGUAUGUAUUUGUCUGAUUACUUCAAUAAGCUUGAUUCUUUGUGGAAAGAGUUUGAUGGUCUUACCAGUCUAACUAAAUGUACAUGUGAUGCCUCUAUCAAAUUGAAGGAUCACUCUAAUCUCAUGAAACUUAUGCAGUUUUUAUCUGGUCAUGAUGAUUCUUAUAGUCAAGUUAAAAGUCAUAUUUUGUUAAUGGACCCUUUGCCUAAUGUGAAAACUGCUUUUUCCAUUGUGUCAAGAGAAGAGUCUCUUUAUAGAAAUUGUUCUUUGACUUCUCUUCAGUCAUCUCAGUCUGUGACUAAGUCUCAGUUUUCUGCUUUUAAUAGUAGGUUUAAUAGUAGAAACAAUAAUAAGAAUAAGAGUCAAAUAGUUCAAUGUAAGAAUUGUGGUGUGAAAGGUCAUACCAUAGAAAAAUGCUUCAAGUUAAUUGGAUAUCCUAAGGACUUUAAGUCAAGAAGUGAAACAAAUAAUCAAAAUAAUUUUGUUAAAAUUUUUUCUGCAAACUCAACCACUGCUUCUUCUGGAAGUACUGGUACUAAUAAUUUCUCUGACUCUAUUGGGGAUUCUGAGUUUCAUCAACCCACUAAGGAUCAAUAUGUCAAGCUUUUACAACUUAUUGGUGAUAGGCAAGUCAAUGAGGAAGCAUCUGCUAGUGCAAAUAUGGCAGGUACUUGUUUGUUUAAAGCCUUUAAUACUUCUGUUAAUAGUAAAAAAUGGAUAGUUGACUCUGGAGCUAAUCAACAUAUGAUUGCUUCUGAGUCACUGCUCCAUGACACUGUGGAUGUGUCUAAGUUAGAAUUACUUGUCAGUCAUCCUAAUGGUACUUCAGCUAAAAUUGAUAAGAUUGGUAACAUGAAUCUAUCUAGUUCUUUGACUCUAUUUGAUGUUUUUACUGUUCCUGAUUUCAAUGUUAAUUUGUUGUAUGUGCAUAAGGAUUUACAAUCAAAGGUGAUGGUGGGGAAUGGUAGAGAGUCUGGAGAUCUCUAUUACAUAAAUAGUGUACCUUCAGAUAGCACUAGGGUAGAAAGUUUGAGAAGUGACCAUCAGUUGGAUGGUGCUAAUGCAGACCAUAACCUGGAUGAGACUUGUUCCUCUAAUGUCAGUAACCAGACUGGUGAGGUAAAUGUGCCUCCUUCUGGUGAGAUGCUUCCAAACUCUUCUGCUUUGUCUGAGGAAAAUGAGUUACUUAAUUCUGAUCCUUUUGAUAGUUUGUCAACCAGGGUUACUAGAUCAGGUAGAAAUGUUAACAUGCCAGUUAGAUUUAGUGAUUAUGUUGUAGAAGAUAAGCUUAGAAGACCUAUUCAAAAUCUGUCUUUGAACGAAUAA